CACGCCGCCGUCAUGAAGCGCCUCAUCGCCGAGUACCAUGCCUCCGGGAAGCCCCUGACCGUUGACCAGUAUCUGGUUCUCUUCUUGAAGUUCAUCGCGGCCGUCAUCCCGACCACCGAGUACGACUUCACCGUUCAGAUCUGA